AUGAGAUCAUUCACACGUUGUCAAAACUCAGACAUGGACCGGGUGUUUUGGUGUUCUCUCCUGCUCUCCUGCCUGCCUGUAAUAGAGAGCAUGGAAAAAAGCUGCUUGUCACAGCCGAACAAGGUGAUCUGGAAGAAAACAGGACAUAGUGCUGAUCUUCGUUGCACCGUCAGAUCACCUUGUGUAGCCGAUGACUUUCAUUAUGAGUGGUUCGUAUUCAAGGAACGCAAACAUUUUUGUCUCAACCUCAACAACUCUGCCAAGUACAGCUUAAACAAAGCAUCUUUACACAUUAAAUUGCUUCAAGUUAACGACAGCGGGAUCUACCACUGUGCUGCAGCAUCAAGUGGAAGCUCAGCAUCUGGUGCCCAGCAUGUGGGGAUGGGUACGACUCUUGUAGUGAGGGAACAAGAUAAAACAAUGCUGAAGGACAUUGUUCUGUGGUUGUCAUUUGUCCUCUUGGCCAUUUACACCUUGGCAAUAGUGACACUUAUACUAAAGAAGUACGGCUGCAAGAUGAGCGGAAGGACGGAUAGCACUGACAAGAGAAUCUCAACGAAAAAAGUACAAUUCCGUGACGUGCUGCAAGAAAUGAACAGUAAGGGAAAGUUGGGCAGAGGCAAAAAAACAGCCAGCAGACACCGUCCUGAAGCUGAGGCUUCGAGCACUGAGUUCAACAACUCCGCUGAUGACAUCUAUCAAAACGUCUAAGUAUCAUUCAAGGAUAUUAAAUGACAGACUCAGAGGUCCAUUAUUUGGACUAAGAGGAAGUUCCACAGCCAUGUAACCCCUGAUGAAGGACGCUGUUGACAUGAGUAAAUCAUAACGGGCUGCAAGUCAGUUGUGUGCUUGCUCACUCACUUGCUCACUAGUUUUAUUUAUGUUCUGUUGAUUGUUAUUAAUAUGUGAGCAUCUUCAACCAUUUCAAAACCAGGACAGUGUUUACACAGAGAAGACAGACAGAAAAAUGUAGCGGAGUCACACCAUUUUAAUUCAUCAAUUUAAUGUCUCCCAUAAAAGCAGAGUGACAGAAAAAUAACGUGAGCUGUACUUUCAGGAAUAGAGAGUAAAAAGCAGCACACGUGAUUCACAUUUUCAGUACAAAGAUCAUGUUCAGAAAUGAAAGUGGAAAUCAGAAGUGUGCAAGAGUGCAAAUAAGGCUUCUUCGAGGACAGUGUCACUUCUCUGGAGAGGAUUCAAGGUAAUAACUUGAUAAUAUCAUGUCAAAAUCAUCUCAUUAUUAAGCAACACUUUACUCAAAAAAUAAGGAAAGCACAAACUUGUAUCAACAUUCUGGGCAUAGGUAUAUACAAACACAUUUUUUUCUACAAAAAACCCCCAAGAAAGUUUCAUCAAAAAAUGUAAUGACAAGAGAGACACAUUACAAAUAACUAAUAAUACACAAAUACAUAUAGUAGACAAAGUCACAUCAAGCAAGGAAAGAUUGUAUUUUUGGUGCUGGAGUGGUUUUUGUUCUGAAAAAUCAUCAUCAGCUGACAAUAAAACUUUACAUUAAGGCAUUAGGCUAGGUUAUAUUCUGUACAAUGACCCCCAUGAAUAUUUGUUCGCUGUAAUUGCCACAGCAAUAAUCCCACCAGCUAACAUUAGAAUUUACUCAUACACAAAGUCAAAGUGGAUGUUUAUAUGUACUGUGUGCAUUUCUUUACACAUUAAAAGCUGUGAUAUCAA